GUGUGUCCCUAAUUGACGGGGUGGGGGACGGAGAGAAGGGAAACUCCAAGCUGGGAUCGGAGACCGGCGGAGGCGAGGAAAUCCUAAGAGCGUGACUGUUGAGGAUGCAGGGAACCGUCGGGUGUGACCGUUGUUAGGAAAAGGGUUGGAGAAAGGGGUCUCCACCAUGGUGGCUGUGGUGCGGUGAGAGAAUCCUCGGGUGUGGCAGCAGCCUCAGGGUAAGCUUACAAAGUAAUAGAAACCCUUAGAUGAAGGCGGUGCAGCUCUACAAGAAAACGAGUAACACAUUCCAGAGAUGACUAAGCGCCCAGCUAAGGUGCACAUUAAAGAUCCAAAGUCAUGACUGACUCCAAGUAUUUCACAACCAAUAAAAAAGGCUGAGUCUUGCUGUGUCACCCAGGCUGGAGUGUAAUGGUGCUAUCUCACUGCAACCUCCACCUCCUGGGUUUAAACGAUUCUCCUGCCUCAGUCUCUGGAGUAGCUGGAUUUACAGGAGAAAUAUUUGAACUAAAAGCUGAACUCAACAAUGAAAAGAAAGAAAAGAGAAAGGAGGCUGUGAAGAAAGUGAUUGCUGCUAUGACUGUGGGGAAGGAUGUUAGCUCUCUCUUUCCAGACGUAGUCAACUGUAUGCAGACCGACAAUCUGGAACUGAAGAAGCUUGUGUAUCUCUACUUGAUGAACUAUGCCAAGAGUCAGCCAGACAUGGCCAUUAUGGCUGUAAACAGCUUUGUGAAGGACUGUGAAGAUCCUAAUCCUUUGAUUCGAGCCUUGGCAGUCAGAACCAUGGGGUGCAUCCGGGUAGACAAAAUUACAGAAUAUCUCUGUGAGCCCCUCCGCAAGUGCUUGAAGGAUGAGGAUCCAUAUGUUCGGAAAACAGCAGCAGUCUGCGUGGCAAAACUCCAUGAUAUCAACGCCCAAAUGGUGGAAGAUCAGGGAUUUCUGGAUUCUCUACGGGAUCUCAUAGCAGAUUCAAAUCCAAUGGUGGUGGCUAAUGCUGUAGCAGCAUUAUCUGAAAUCAGUGAGUCUCACCCAAACAGCAACUUACUCGAUCUGAACCCACAGAACAUUAAUAAGCUGCUAACAGCCCUCAACGAGUGCACUGAAUGGGGCCAGAUUUUCAUCCUGGACUGUCUGUCUAAUUAUAACCCUAAAGAUGAUCGGGAGGCUCAGAGUAUCUGUGAACGGGUAACUCCCCGGCUAUCCCAUGCCAACUCAGCAGUGGUGCUUUCAGCGGUAAAAGUCCUAAUGAAGUUUCUAGAAUUGUUACCUAAGGAUUCUGACUACUACAAUAUGCUGCUGAAGAAGUUAGCCCCUCCACUUGUCACUUUGCUUUCUGGGGAGCCAGAAGUGCAGUACGUCGCCCUAAGGAAUAUCAACUUAAUUGUCCAGAAAAGGCCUGAAAUCUUGAAGCAGGAAAUCAAAGUCUUCUUUGUGAAGUACAAUGAUCCCAUCUAUGUUAAACUAGAGAAGUUGGACAUCAUGAUUCGUUUGGCAUCUCAAGCCAACAUUGCUCAGGUUCUGGCAGAACUGAAGGAAUAUGCCACAGAGGUAGAUGUUGACUUUGUUCGAAAAGCUGUGCGGGCCAUUGGACGGUGUGCCAUCAAGGUGGAGCAAUCUGCAGAGCGCUGUGUAAGCACAUUGCUUGAUCUAAUCCAGACCAAAGUGAAUUAUGUGGUCCAAGAAGCGAUUGUUGUCAUCAGGGACAUCUUCCGCAAAUACCCCAACAAGUAUGAAAGUAUCAUUGCCACUCUAUGUGAGAACUUAGACUCACUAGAUGAGCCAGAUGCUCGAGCAGCUAUGAUUUGGAUUGUGGGAGAAUAUGCUGAAAGAAUUGACAAUGCAGAUGAGUUACUAGAAAGCUUCCUGGAGGGUUUUCACGAUGAAAGCACCCAGGUGCAGCUCACUCUGCUUACUGCCAUAGUGAAGCUGUUUCUCAAGAAACCAUCAGAAACACAGGAGCUAGUCCAGCAGGUCUUGAGUUUGGCAACACAGGAUUCUGAUAAUCCUGACCUUCGAGACCGGGGCUAUAUUUAUUGGCGUCUUCUCUCAACUGACCCUGUCACAGCUAAAGAAGUAGUCUUGUCUGAAAAGCCACUGAUCUCUGAGGAGACAGACCUUAUUGAGCCAACUCUGCUGGAUGAGCUAAUCUGCCACAUUGGUUCUUUGGCCUCUGUGUAUCACAAGCCUCCCAAUGCUUUUGUGGAAGGAAGUCAUGGAAUCCAUCGUAAACACUUGCCAAUUCAUCAUGGGAGCACUGAUGCAGGUGACAGCCCUGUUGGCACCACCACUGCAACGAACCUGGAACAGCCUCAGGUUAUCCCCUCUCAAGGUGAUCUUCUAGGGGAUCUUUUAAACCUUGACCUUGGUCCCCCAGUCAAUGUGCCACAGGUGUCUUCCAUGCAGAUGGGAGCAGUGGAUCUCCUAGGAGGAGGACUAGAUAGUCUGCUUGGCAGUGACCUUGGCGGGGGCAUUGGAGGAAGUCCGGCAGUAGGACAAUCCUUUAUCCCAUCAUCAGUGCCUGCAACCUUUGCUCCUUCACCUACACCUGCUGUCGUCAGCAGUGGACUGAAUGACCUGUUUGAACUCUCUACAGGGAUAGGCAUGGCACCCGGUGGAUAUGUGGCUCCUAAGGCUGUCUGGCUACCUGCAGUAAAGGCUAAAGGCUUGGAGAUUUCAGGAACAUUUACUCACCGCCAAGGGCACAUCUAUAUGGAAAUGAACUUCACCAAUAAAGCUCUGCAGCAUAUGACAGAUUUUGCAAUCCAGUUUAACAAAAAUAGCUUUGGUGUCAUCCCCAGCACUCCUCUGGCCAUCCAUACACCACUCAUGCCAAACCAGAGCAUUGAUGUCUCCCUGCCUCUCAACACCUUGGGCCCAGUCAUGAAGAUGGAACCUCUGAAUAACCUGCAGUUGUGCUUAGAAACAUUUUCCCAAUGAACUUCUUCAAACUUGACAACUGGCAAGUGACUGCUUUUUCGAAUCAGUGUCUGCAAGAAGACAGUGGAAUUAUGAGUUAACAUGUGUUCAUCUCCAGGGUAAUCAUGCUCAUGGUCUUUAUAUAGAUGCUGCAGAGUUCCCACAGCUGUUUGGCUUCAUUUUUCACAGGGCCAUAAACUCUUACAAGAACAUUGAUAGCAUCAUUGAAGUUUCAUCUUUUGGCUUUUAUCAGGGUGAGAAAGGCACAGUUUGAAGAGUCAACUAAUGCUACAGUUAUUUAAGAAAAACCCAGUCCCCAGACUUUCUUCCCUAAUAAGACCUCCAAUAAUCUCCUUCCACAAAGCCAAUUUCUUUCACCUCUUGUGAUAAUUACCUAAGUAACAUGCUAAUAUUGGGACUCCUGGAUUUUUCUUUAUUUUUAUUUUUUUGAAAUAGGGUCUCACUGUGUCUCCCAGGCUGAUGGUGCAGUCAUGGCUCACUGCAGCCUCCACCUCCUGGGCUCAAGCGAUCCUCCCACCUCAGCCUCUCGAAUAGCUGGGACCACAGAAGCACAAUAGCACACCCAGCUGAUUUAUUUUUUUUUUAAGUUUUUGUAGAGAGAGGGUCUACAUUGCCUUGGCUGGUCUCAAAUUCCUGGGGUCAAACAGUCCUCCCAUCUUGACUUCCCAAAGCACUGGGAUUACAGGUGCGAGCCACCAUACCCAGCUGGAUUUUUCUAAGUAUUCCUGUCUAUUUCCCCACUCACUGCCAUUAUCUAUAUACUUUUCAUAUUCCCAUUUUUCUGAUACAAUUAUCUUGGAAUUUAUUUAAAUCAAUGUUCACCAGAGGUGCUACCAGCCCUAAGCCUUUGAGAAUUCUGUGUUGGUAUUGCCAAUCCAUCUGUUUUCUAGGUACCAAGAUUUUGUUGCUGUUUUAUCUUUUUCUUACUAUCUCUAUGAAUUUAUACCUUGAAAUUUUUUAUCUUCCUUUAGUUAUGGCAGAACUUUUUCCAGGUGAAAGGAAACUUAAAUGUGAUUUUUCAAUCUACUGUCUCUCCCUAGAGGUCUGAUAGCACCUUAAAAAUUCUUCUUCUAGGCUGGGUGCCAUGGCUCACUCCUGUAAUCCCAGCGCUUUGGGAGGCCAAGGUGGGCAGAUCAUGAGGUCAAGAGAUCAAGACCAUCCUGGCCAACAUAGUGAAACCCCUUCUCUACUAAAAAUACAAAAAUUAGCUGGGUGUGGUGGCACACACUUGUAGUCCCAGCUACUUGGGAGGCUGAGGCAGGAGAAUUGCUUGAACGCAGGAGGCUGAGGUUGCAGUGAGCCAAGAUCACACCACUGCACUCCAGCCUGGUGACAGAGUGAGACUCUAUCUCAAAGAAAAAAAAAAUUAUUCUUUCCUUCCUGCUAUACAACUUUAUAAUUUGGAACCUUAGAGGUGAACUUAUGGAGAAGGAAUUGACUCUUUCCCAUAUAUAGUUUUUGUUGCCCCUCUCUUUAUUGCCUUUAAAUCUCACAUAAACAUUGUCAAAUAAGAGGCUGAACAUUAAUUAGGGAAAAGAAAUAGAUAUAAUGUCUCUUGUUUUUUGUCUUUGAAUGUCUUUCUAAAACAAGGCAGCAUUCAUCAGCUCUGUUCAUUUGACCUUUGAUUAGGGCAGAAAGUGCUGAAGAUACUAGCUGCAAAGGACACGAUCUUACAAUCCUAUUUAUUCAUGUCUUAAGCUCAUUGCCAGCCAAAUUUUGCUAGUGUAUGGCUCUGAGGAAGUUCUGUCCCUUGCUACUCCUACAUUGAUGUUCCAGCCUGUGAGACAGUCAGUUGCAGAUGGUACUUGUCCCUGAUAUUUCAUGUCCUGCAUAUGUCCUUUCACACUCAGAAAGCCCACAGCUCUAGCUAUUGUACCAGAAAAUCUGGUAAACACUUCCAAAUGGAAGACCUUUUCAGCAGCUUCCAUCAAAUGAAGCAAACCAGCUUGGCAUUUGCUGACUUUUCUUGACUGCUGUGCAAGCCAAACAAGUCAGUGUGGAAGCCUCCUUUGGUCUUCCAAGAUCCAUAAUUGAGGACUGCGCACUCUAAUUGCAUUGGUGGGACCACGAUGCUGCUUGAAUAGACAAUGAGUCCUUGAAGUGGUAGAUCUUUUGGGAACUAUUUAGAGAUCCCCAGGUCAGACAAAUAGAUCCAAUGCUGCAUCUACUAUCCAAAUGAUCUCUGUAGACCUAAAAAUAUCCCACCUAAAAUAUUCCAUAAGCAGUAUGUAGGUACUGGAGUCUUAAUUAUGAAAGAUUAAAAUAUUUUGCUGUCAAAAAAUAAAAUAGAAAAUUACUUACUGUGAUUACUACUUCCAGUUUGACAUAUUCUUCAUGGCUCAUCAGGACUGUAAACAUACCUCAUCUGAGAAAAUGUAUUACAUAUUAGAUAUUCCUUUUUUACUAGAUUGUCCUUAGUGAGAACACUCCUUUAUCUUUUUUGUCAAGAUAAUCAAGAUUCUACUAAGCUGUAUUUUUUGUCUUUCUGUAACCAGCAUUCAAAUACUGGUUUCUGGGAUCUUUAGCAAUAUAUCUAGUAAUAAUAACUGUCCUGCUUGAAUGGCCACGCAGAAGCAAUCAGAAAGAGUCCUGUAUUCUGACAAGGGUGGUCUGAUGGAUCAGAAAUCUGUCCUCAAAGGCAGGAGACAGAUAAACACCCAUACGUAGAAGCCCAUGCUGAUACCUGAGAAAGGAUAAUGAAUUUCACACAGUAGUUCUAAAAUGGAAAUAAAAGUGAUUUGUGGGCUUUUUUGUUGUUGUUAAAUUCACAGCCAUCUUUUAAUCAUGAUUAUGAGUUAGGAGUUAAUGAUGGAUAAUAGAAUCAGUUUUAUGUUUCUAGUUUGAUAAAUGAUUAGAAAUAGAUUUAACCUUGUGGUCUUUAAAUUUAACUUUGUGAUGCAGUAGGGGACUUUGAAUUCUGGAUGUCAAGUAGCUACCUCUUUGUAGUCCCUAUGUUCUCAUUAUGGCUCAUUAUCUCCUGCCUUAAGGUAUAUAUUAUGGGUUGGAAUUACAGAGAACUCACUCAGAUUUUUUCCUCAGCUAGGUUGAAUUUGAGAACCAUACCCUGCUCUCCUUCAUGCUUACUCUCUUAUAUUUUGCUAUAGCAUGAUGUUUAAUGAGAUAGGGGAAAAGGUGCAUUAUUCAUAAUUUUUUAAUGAAGGGGUUAUGUAUAGGCUUUGUAGUAUUAAGGUCCGUACAUAUUUAAAUAAAAGUGCAGAAAAGCUUUGAGCCAUGUGAGCAUGUACACAUAAAGAAUGUAAAAUCUCAUAGUUGGAAGAGAUGGCAUUUAAUUUUGUCUGUUUCAAACCCUAUCUGUUUUUGAUGGAAUUCACUCUAUGUAUGUUAGCAGUGAUGGGAAUAUCAGUGUGUACAUGAAUACCACCAGUGAUUUACUACCCUAAAUGACCCAUUCUGUCUUCAUAAAAUCGUUAGAGAGUUGUUUAUUUGGCAUUUUUUGUUUUUGUUGUUUUUUUUGUUUGUUUGUUUAAGACAAAGUUUCACUCUUGUUGCCCAGGCUGGAGUACAAUGGUAGAUCUUGGCUCACCACAGCCUCCACCUCCUGGGUUCAAGCAAUUCUACUGCCUCAGCCUCCUGAGUAGCUGGGAUUACAGGUGCCUACCACCAUGCCCAGCUAAUUUUUGGAUUUUUAGUAGAGAUGAGGUUUUACCAUGUUGGCCAGGCUGGACUCAAAGUCUUGACCUCAAGUGAACCGUCUACCUCACCCUCCCAAAGUGCUGGGAUUACAAGCCUAAGCCACCACACCCAGCCUAGAGUUGUUUAUAUGAAAUAAAAUGCCUUCCUUUAGGUUCUAUCUAUAAAUCCUAGUUCUGCAUUUUGAGAUUUUUAUAGAUUAAGUUUCUGAAUCAAGGCACCCAGGGCCUGAAAGUCAAUCAGGUGGGCCUGUAAUGAAAACAUACUUCAGUCUGAAUUUCUUUUUUUUUUUUUUCUUCUUCUUCAGGAAAGUCUAAGUUUAUGGAAGGGUAUUUAUAUAUGUCAGUUUUAUUGUUCUAAUUUUAGAAGAAAAACCAUUGAGAAGGAGGGACCCUGGUAAAUAUAGUUGGAAUGAGUUACAGUUUGGAGACUGAAGGAAAAUAUUAUCUAAUCACUUUUGAAAAGUGUGUGAAUGAAAGAUGAUCCUUGACUCAGUAGCAGCCUUCCUUUCCAGGAACCCCUGAAGGAGUUGAAGGGCAAGUACUCAGAAUAGGAAAGCACAGAACUUCUCAAUUCCAUAGCUCCCACUGUGCUCCUGACAGUAAUUUCAGUCCCUCUAUGUGAACUGCUUCCCCGGUGGAACUACCCAGAGGUAGCAUCUCUGUUCAGUUGCCUGCCCAUCUGUCCAGUCAUCUUGACAGCCACAUGUCCUCCUUUUGUCCAUGGAAGGUUGUACUGUCUACCAGGCAGAACAAAAGCACAACUGUGAACCCAUUUGAUUUCUAACUUGCAGCUAACAAAUCCGAGAAUAUAUGCUUAAUAUCUAGAACCUAGAUUUGAUUCUAGAUCAGUUUUACCCAUGGAUUGAAAAAUCAGUUAUGUUCAUUCACUCCUAUUACCACCUAUUAUUACUGAAGUUUGUUCUGUUAUUGAAUUUCUACUAGGUCUUCUAUGGCAUACUAAAUUAGAGUGGAAUAGUUCAUCACUUUAACUAAUAGUUUUCUAGUCUAGCCUUCACCAUUUUAUGAUUUAGUACAGUAUGUAUUAAAUGUUUCUAUUUUUUUUUUUUUUUUUCAGUAAGGAUCUCACUCUAUUUCCCAAGUUGGAGUUCAGUGGCACAAACAUAGCUCACUGCAUUCUUGACUUCCCAGGCUCAAACGAUCCUCCUACCUUAACCUCCCUGUAGCUGGGACUACAGGUGCGUGCCACCAUGCCUAGCUAUUUUUUAUUUUCUUUUAUUUUUUGUAGAGUUGAGGCCUCGCUAUGUUUCCCCGGCUGAUUUUGAACUCAUGGCUCAAGCUAUCCACCUGCCUGAGCCUCCCAAAGUGCUGGAAUUACAGGUGUGAGCCACUGCACCUGGCCUAAAUGUAUUUUUAAAGUUUAACAGUAAGCUCUACAGAGGAAAUAAUAGCUCAAGUUGUCCCUCAGCCCCCCUCAUCCUACCCCCAACUGUUAACAUAAACAAUCUUUGAAGAUGAGACAGCAGCAACUAAGGGCACAUCAGCCAGUACGUGUAGCUGUGUAGCUGUCAUUAAAGGGAAAAAAAAAGACUGGUGCCUUUGGGCUUAUCUGUCAGGCAGGCUGACGGGCCUGUGAAAUUACUGCUGGCUGUUUCUGGCAACUGUAACUAUAUAGAGUAGUUCUGUUGUAGUCUGCUAGAAGAGGAGAGGAUUGGGGCCCAGUAAUAAGAAUUUCUGAAUAGUAACUGGGUUGGUCAGGAUAGUAACACAGGUGGCUUAUACAUUGGCAGAAAGCAGUCACAUAUACAUUUGCUAUACAUUAUUUAUUUAACUUAUAAAACUUUUAAAAUGAGGAAGCCACCCAGGAGUAGGAACAGAUGCAGUGUAUUUUAGCAUGAUUUUCCCUCGACCCUGGCACACAGCUGCCAGUGACACAGGUAUGGUCCCAUCAGAGUCGUAAAAGUUGCUUAAUUCUUGCUAUACCACUGGCCUGUUACACUCAGGCAACCCUCAGGUAAGGUACCUGUUAUACUCAGAUAACUUAUAGCAAAUGUAUAUAUGUGACUGCUUUCUGCCAGUGUAUAACCCACCUGUGAUACUAUACUGACCAAACCCAGUUACUCUUCAGAACACUCUAUUACUGCGCCCUAAUCCUCUCUUCGUCUAGCAGCCUACAGCAGAAUUACUCUACAUAGUUUCAAUUGCCAGAAACAGCCAGCAAUAAUUUCACAGGUCUUUCAACCUGCUUGACAGAUAAGCCCAAAGGCACCAGUCUUUCCUUUUUCCUUUAAUGACAGCUACAGAGCUACAUGUACUGGCUGAUGUGCUCUUGGUUGCCGGUGUCUCAUCUUUGAAUACUGUUUAUGUUAAUAGUGGGGGUGGGGUGGGACUGAGGGAUGACUUGAGCUAUUAUUUGCUAUUUAGGAUUUACUGAGUAUAACCAGCCAGUGGUUUAGCAAGAAUUAACAAACUUUCAGCUGCCCACCUAGAAGAACGUACAGUAAUAGUUUCUAAGCAGAAAAGGCAAAAUCCUACCAAAGGUCUCCAAGACUUUGGGUGAUCUAGCUUUGCCUUUCUCUCCUUCCUUUCCUCAUUGACUUCAUCUGCUAUUCUUCCCUUUCACUGUAGCCACUCUGGCCUCCUCACUGAUCUCAGAAUAGGGGAUGCUGCCACCUCAUGACCUUUUAAUUGACUGUUGUCCUUGUCUGGAAUGUGCCUUAUCCCAAUCUCCAUAUCUGUAUGGCUUACUUCCUUCCUUUAGGUCUCUACUAAAAUAAUACCCAAAAAAGAGAAUAGAAUGAUAGUUACCAGAGGCUGGGAAAGAUGGUGGUGAGAGGAAUGAAGAGAAGAUUAAUGGGUGCAAAAUUAGAUAGAAGGAGUAAGUUGUUUUUUUUUUUUUUCUUUUUUUAAGUCUCACUCUGUUGCCCAGGCUGGAGUGCAGUGGUGCCAUCUUGGCUCACUGCAAUCUUCACCUCUCAGGUUCAAGCAAGUAUCUCAGCCUUCCGAGUAGCUGGGAUUACAGGUGCCUACCACCACACCUAGCUGAUUUUUAUAUUUUUAUUAGAAACAAGAGUUUUACUAUGUUGGCCAGGCUGGUCUUGAACAACUAACUUCAAGUGAUCUGCUCAACUCAGCCUUCCAAAAUGCUGGGAUUACAGUCCUGAGCCACCACGCCUAGCUAAAUAGUACCUUUUUAAUAAGAUUUCCUCACUUCACUCCUAGUACUGCCAACCUUCCUUAUUUUUACCCCAUAGCAUUUAAUUAUAUUUUAAAUACUACUUAAUUAUUUAGUAUCAUCUCCUGCCCCUCUCCUACUAGAAUGCAAAUUCCAAAGGGGCAGCAGUUUUAUCUAUGUUUUUCUCCCCCGCUGCUGUGUCUCCCAGUGCCUGGAACAAUGCCUGGCUCACAGUAGGUGCUCGAUAAAUAUUUGUUGUUGAAUGAGUCUUUUUGCUUUUAUUUAAGAAAGUAUUAACCAGGCCAAGCACAGUGGCUCACACCUAUAAUCCCAGCACUUUGAGAGGCUAAGGCGAGCAGAUCACCUGAGGUCAGGAGUUCAAGAGCAGCCUGGCCAACGUGGUGAAACCCCAUCUCUACUAAAAAAUACAAAAAUUAGCCAGGUGUGGUAAUGGGCACCUGUAGUCCCAGCUACUUGGGAGGCUGAGGCAGGAGAAUCACUUGAACCUGGGAAGUGGAGGUUGCAGUGAGCCAGGAUUACACCAUUGUACUCCAGCCUGGGCAACAGGAGCGAAAUUCCAUCUCAAGAAAAAAAAAAAAAAAGAAGAAGAAGAAAAUAUUAACCAACAUCAGAUUCAUCUAGUUCUUGAACCAAACUAAGUAAGGCUAUCUCUUCAUCUUAACAAACAGAGUAUCCCCAAACACAGCCUCUGCCUGUUGGUUCUCAGCAGCCUUGCAUUCUAUCCUCUGACUCUGAUUUAAUACCCUUUUAUCUGGGUAGGUCUGGUCCUGGUCCCAAGUUUAAUCUGAAGACGGUAAUUACAAAUUCAUUUUCUCAAAUAGACAGAGCAAAUUUUAGAAGCUAUUGCUUCCUUUACUCUGUUUAUUGAUAUUAGGAAAGGCAAGAUCACAGCACAUUAAUGGACCCUAUUUUCAAAAUUGGAGAUGACUAAGAACAUAGAACAUGUUAAUCAUGCUCACAUUUUGGGAAUUUUUAUUUUUUAAACAAUCUUCCUCUGUCAUCUAGGCUGGAGUGCAGUGGCACAAUCUCAGCUCACUGCAGGCAAUUCUCUUGCCUCAGCCUCCCAAGUAGCUGUGAUUACAGGCACUCACCACCAUGCUGAGCUACUUUUUUGUAUUUUUAGUAGAGACAGGUUUCGCCAUGUUGGCCAUGCUGAUCUUGAACUCCUGACCUCCAGUGAUCUGCCCGCCUCAGCUGACAGUUUAAUCCAAAGUAUUCUAAAGCAAUGUCUUCGUACGACUUUGCAAUCUCAGUCUAAGCCUUUUUUUUUUUUUUUUGAGUUAGAGUUUCACUCUUAUUGCCCAGGCCGAAGUGUAAUGGCACGAUCUCAGUUCACUGCAACCUCCGCCUCCUGGGUUCAAGUGAUUCUCCUGCCUCAGUCUUUUGAGUAGCUGGGAUUACAGGCAUGUGCCACCACGCCUGGCUAAUUUUUGUAUUUUUAGUAGAGACGGAGUUUCUUCGUGUUGGUCAGGCUGGUCUCCAACUCCUGACCUCAGGUGAUCCCCCCGUCUUAGCUUUGCCUCCCAAAGUGCUGGGAUUACUGGAAUUACUGAAAAUUGUAGCCACCGUGCCCAGCCUACGAUUUUAAUCUGAUCUUUAGUGUUCUGGAGAUUUAACUUGCUGACAUUUCUAAUUCAUGGUCUAAGUUAUUUGAGAGUUUUUCAAGACUGAGAUUAAGCAGAUCUCAUAGCCAAAUAGGGGCUACAGGAAAAGCCAUAGUAUUUCAGUUUCAGUGUCUUUCGGUUUCUCUUGACUUCCUUUGGAAUCAAAGCUUACUAAGAGAAAUUGGCUCUUAGGAGCUCAUUGCCUUUUUAAAGCCCAAUAAUUACAUGUGCUACUGGAGGAUUUACAAUUUUAGAGAUCAUCUGGAAGCUCUGUUCAAAGCUUUCAUUUCUAGUUCUGAAAACUGUUUAAUAUGGAAACUUCAAAUGCUGAAGUACAUGUUAGGGACAUGGAACCACUGCUAAUCUGUCGAAUUUUCCCUAUAAAGGCUUCCACUGUAUAUAUACUCGGAACAAUGAACAGUGUCCUAGUGUGUCCUGAGAAUACAUCAGUAUGGCUUCAUACUCGGGAUGAACAGCAGUUUGGUAUCAUUUCAGGCCUCCUCAGCUAUCACGUAAUCCACCUGAUCUAUUGGGUGGACUAAGAAAGAAUAUGGGAAGAGAGUUCUUGUUUGAAUCCCAGCUGUGAAAGUGAACUAAAGAUGCUGUUCAGGUUAAAAUUUAAUUAGCACUGGAAGGAAAGUCGGUCGACAUUUCCUGUGGUUCGUGACCCUUUGUGCUAUGUUUUUAACUAUAUCAGAUAUCGUCUUAAAUCAUAGAUCGACCUUUCUGUUUUGUCAGGGUCUCUGAGAAUUCCCAGAUAAUUUAUUGUUCAGUUGAGUUCGAAAUGUUACUUAAACUUCAGAUCACCAGGUACCGUGGCUCAUGCCUGUGCAAUCCCAGCACUUUGGGAGGUCAAGAUGGGAGGGCGGCUUGGGUCCAGGAGUUUGAGACCAGCCUGGGCAGCAUAGUAAGACUAGUAAGACCCUGUCUCUACAAAAAUAACAAAGUUAGCCAAGCUUGGUGGCACACACCUGUAAUUUCAGCUACUCAUGAGGCUGAGAUGGGAGGAUUGCUUGAGCGCAGGAAGUCAAGGCUACAGUGAGCUGUGAUCAUGCCUCCACACUCUAGUCUGGGUGACAGAGCAAGACCCUGUAUCAAAAAAGAAAUUAAAAUAAAAUAAAAAUAAACUUAAGAUGGUAGAUACCUUUUGGCAUUGACUAGGAAUGUAGAACUACAUGUCAGCUUAACUCCAGCACCUGGCAGAAAGGGUCGCUUCUGUUUGAGUCUCAGAUGACAUACAUCACACAGUUGGAGUUAGUACUAUUAAAAACCUGUCACUCAGAGCUGUUCCCCUAGGAUCUGUUGACUAGGUUUUAUGGUACUUAAAACACAUCUGAAUCAUCAUUCCUCAGAGAACUGGAGAUGGUUGACGUCACUGCCUGGUCCUAGCUUGGACCAGUCUGCAAAUAAUCUUUCCAAAAGCUAAAUGGAGAAGAGGAAUAAAAGAAAAAAAAUUAUUCAGAAACGAGGAAAGGUCACAAGUGACGUUAUGGAAGAGUAGAAGAUAUAAUCUCAAAGGCAAGUCCUGUACUACUUGACUUGGUUUUCCUUGUGGCAGUGCCUCCUUUGGUUACCUGUGGUGAGAGGUCAGGUAAGAGGCCUCAUUUGCCACAGUUCAGACUGAGUUCAUCUUGUACCUUUUUAUAGUACUUUUGAGGGUACUGGAACAAGGUUAGAAUAUUAAUUUAGCCUUUUCCUCUCCAGCUGUCCCAUCAUAAAGAGAUUGUAGCUCCUGCAGCAGGCUUCCUAUACUGUGGAAAGAAACUAAUUGCUGGUUACAGGCUGAAGCUGACAGGUUGCUCUUUCCUCAGCAGCCACUUAAAGUAACUUUUAAAAAUCAUUGUUAUUAUUAAGCCUUUAUAGCCCACUUUUGUGUUUUCAAAGCGCCUUAUAAUUUCUGUUUUCUUUGCUAUUGAUGUCCCUAAGAAGCAAGUUAAUAUUGUUAUGCUCACAUGUUGCACAUGACAUACCAAAGGAACAGAGGAUUAGUUAAUCUGUUUCUGAAUCAUCUGUGAUCUGCUUUGGGCAUCCUAAAGCAGAAGCUGAGGUGUGCAUUCCGUUCCUUCACUCGUUGAACCCAUUUUCUCACUGCUUGCUUUGGUGUGUAUGUAUUGCAGCUUUUAUUCUUUUUUGACUGCAACUUAGAAAUGUAUUUUACAUAGUGUAUACACACACAAUACAUAAGACAACAGUUUCAGGAAACAUUACUUACUACUCUUCAUGAGAUGAACUGUGAUUUUUUUUUUUGAUAUUUUUUAUUUUUAUUUUUUUAAUGCCAAUUUCAACCCAUUCUGUUAAUUUUAAGAACCACCAACUGGUCAUGACCCACCAAGCUAGGGAUACUUGAAGCUAAAGAAUACACAAUAGCACAUUUUCCUAGAGCAUCAGUAUUACUCAAAGGUAAAGGGAGAAACACAUUUUUAUAUUAAAAUGUAUAUGGAUACAUUAUGGAUUUUAGCAUGGAACUUCAAAGAGAUUUUGUUCUUAUGAUAGACUGCUUCAUAUUAUACCCCUAAUCUUGACCCAUCCCCCUGCCUCCUCCCCAUUAUGUAUCCAUUCUUUCCUCUUCUGUUAAGGGAAAUACACUAGAAAAAUGUGAGAAGUACUGACCUCCUUUUGGGACUUUGUUUUGGAGACAGGAUCUCUCUUUGUUGCCCAGGCUGGAGUGCAGUGGUGCAGUCAUAGCUCACUGUAACCUUGAAUUUUUGGACCCUUAUCCUCCUUUCCUCCUGCUUCAGCCUCCUGAGUAACUGGGACUAAAGGCUCAUGCCACUGCACCUGGCUUUUUUUUUUUUUUUUUUUAAUAGAGACUAGGUCUCACUUAGGUUGCCCAGGCUUGUCCCAAACUCCUGGCCUUAAGUGAUCCUCCCCGCUCAGCCUCGCAUAGUGCUGGGAUUCCAGGAGUGAGCCACUGCACCAAGCCCCAUAGAACCUUUAAGUUUAUAUAUUGUGUAAACCCAUGUGAGGUCAGAAACUUUGUAUAGUAUAUUUUACAACUGUUACUCUUGUUCAGCACCUAUUCUAUGCCAGUCACUAUUCUAGAAACUGAGAAUAUUGUGGCAAAUAGAAGACAGGAAUUCUCCUGAUGGAAUUUAUAUUCUACCACAGAUGGGUUAUGUGCCAUGGGGACAGACAAUAAACCAGCAAAUCAGGACAAUGCAUAGUAUAUCAGAUGGUAGGGAGGGCAGUGGAAAAAAAUAAAAGAAGUAUUGGGAUAUGCAGUCCUGGAGUUGGAGAUUGGGUGGUACAAUCUUACAAAAAUAUGUUGGUCAUGGAAGAUGUAUCUGAGAAGAUAAUAUCUGAUUAAAGCAAAGACUCAAAGGAGGCAGGGAAAAAAUCAUGGAUUUCUGGAGGAAGAGCAUUGUAGACAGAAGAAACAGCAAAUGCAAAAACCCAUGAAGUAGCAGUGUACCUUCUGUGUGCAAGGAAGGAACAACAGACUCCUGUAGCUGGAAUAGAGCUAGCAAGGAGGAGAGUAUUAGCACAUCAGAGAGGGUGGAGGAGUUGGAUUAUAGGCAGUUGUAACUUUGGGUUUUAUUCUGAGUGAGAGGGAAAGGUUUGAGCAGAGAUGUAUUUAUGAGCUGACCUACACUGGCUGCUAUGUUGAGCAUAUACUGGGGAAGCUAAGUGCUCUGAAGGGAAGGUAUAGGGGUUGGGUGGAAGAGUAGUGGAGAGGCAGAGACUGUGUUUUUCCCUUGGCUCUUUUUAACACCCAAAAUAUGAUUGGCAUAUCUUUGGAGAACCUAGCAUUUGUUGGGUUGUGAUCCAUUACCUAUGUUACCUUUCUUAGGAUUUAGAUAUUACUUAGUUCAGUGAUUUGAAACCAAAAGAACCCAUACAUCAUCCAAUUCUGCCCACUCCCCACCCCCCCGCCCCAUUCCUGCCUCAUUGAGAAUCCAUGUGCCUAAUGAGAGAUGUUACUGAUGGAAUUCUGUUAUGUAUGUGAAUGAUGUCAAGGUAGAAAAAAGGUUGAGAAACACAGUGUUUCAUUUUUAUUUGUUCAACAUUUUCCCCUUAUUUUUAUGCAACAAAUAUUUACAGAGGCAGUCAAUAUGCUAGUGAAGAUAAGAAUCAGCCCCUUCAGUCAAGGAGCUCAUUGUAUUAUAGGUCAGCCAGAAGUAAGCCAUUAUUAUAUGCUGUCAUAGAAGCGUAUGCAUUGGGUGCUAUGGGGAGGGGUUAGAGCUUUCUGCGAAGUGUUAGUCUUGAACUGAACCUUAAGGUUAAAUAGGUAUUUUCCAGACAGUAAAGCUCAAGGAGAAGAAAAUAUUAAGCAGAAAGAACAACAUAUAAAAAAGGUUGUGACUUUCAGUGUUUGGGGAAUAAGAAGUAAUUCUGAUGUGGUUGAAGUUCCAUGGAAGUAGGCUGGAGAGGUAGGCAGGAGUCAGAUCUGGGAAAGCCUAUAUUCUUGAAAUGAACCCAGAGUUCUAGCCUAGAGUGAAAAUUUGAGAACUGCAAAAUACAGAUUUUAGAAAGCUAAUAUAAAAGAGAUGAACUGCUUCCCCCAGGGAGUGACCUGUGUAGUUGAUCCUAUAAAGAGAUGAUAGUUUACCAACGCAGUAGUAAAAGGAAUCAUUAAGCUAACAAUUUGCCUUUUAAAAAAUCUCUUUUGAUCUCUUUCUUAACAUAGUAGUCGUACUACAUCUGAGCAUGUGUAAGAUUUCAGGUAAGUCUAAUGUGAUUAUCCUUAAUUAGGAAAGAUUCUGAGUAAAAAGAUAGAACAGGAGAUGGUAAAAGCAGAAUGAAUUUUUCUUUUUCUCUCUUUUUUUUCUUUUCUCUCUCUUUUUUUAUUUUUUGAGAUGGAGUCUCGCUCUGUAGCCCAGGCUGGAGUGUAGUGGCGCGAUCUCGGCUCGCUGUGGCCUCUGCCUCCUGUGUUCAAGCGAUAUUCCCACUUCAACCUCCCGAGUAGCUGGGACUACAGGCACGUGCCACCAUGCCCAGCUAAUUCUUAGUAGAGAUGGGAUUUUUUUUCCAUGUUGACUAGGCUGGUCUCAAACUCCUGACCUCAGGUGAUCCGCCUGCCUUGGCUUUCCAAGGCUCACAUGGUGGCUCAUGCCUGCUGGGAUGUGCCACAGCACUCAGCCAGAUUUUUCUUUUUUGAACAAACACUUUUUUUUUUUUGACCCUUCAGGUGAAAUGAACAAACACUUAUUACAGUACUUAAGAGUCAAGGCUAUUCACUGUGCUUUGCAAAUAUUAACUCAUUAUCCUCAUAACAACCCCAUAAAUUCAGUACUGUUGUGAUCUACAUUUUACAGACAGGAAUCUGUAAGAGUCAGAAUUUGAAAUCAGGUGUUCUGGCUCCCAAGUUCAUGCUCUGAACCUCUGUGUCUGCUGCCUCUGAUUUGUGGGUAUCCUAGCUUCUCAGACAGUUGUUUUACAGAAGUCCCAGGAAAGCUAUUGUAGUGUCCCAAAACUCCUGAAAUUGUAUGUCAAAAUGUUGUGUGUACAUUUUUUCACCAAGAGGGUCAGUGGCUUUCAUGUUUGUCCAAAGGGUCUACAGUGCAGAACAGUUUAGCACCUCUUACCUAGAGGACGUUUUCAUCUCUUUUCCAUUGUUAAACGGCUCCUGUUGGCAUAAGGAUUCUUUUGGAAGAACAAGAUGUUUACAGACUCAUUCAGACUUCUUAGAUAACAAUGUUCUGUUCUAAAUUAAUUGCUUAUCCAGUUGCUCUUCCUGGGAACUUCUUCCCAAAUAUUACUGCCAGGUCCCAGAUUCAGAGAUUGUAAUUCUUUCAUGUAGGGUAGGGCCUGGCAUCUGUUUUAAAAAGCCUUUCCAGAUGAUUCUGAUAUAAGUCUUCUGUUAAGAACCAUUAAUAUUAUCCUCUGGAGGAGGGGGAUACUAUUUUCUGUAUCUUUCCUAUAUUGCAAAUGCUUGGGAUAUAGUAAACAUUAAUAAAUGUUUGAGUGGCACAUUGUGAGAUAUAACUGCUUUAUAUUCAAAGAUAAACACUUAUAUUUCACAUGAGACCUUUAUAUGACCCACCAUUAACCUAUCCCUAUCACCCCAGUUUUCACUUUUUUUGAGAGAGAGUUUCACUCUUGUUGCCCAGGUUCAAUGGCACAAUCUCGGCUCACUGCAACCUCUGCUUCCCAGUUCAAGCAAUUUUCCCGCCUCAGCCUCCUAAGUAGCUGGGAUUACAAGUGUCUGCCACCAUGCCGAGCUAAUUUUUUGUUGUUGUUGUAUUUUUAGUAUUGACAGGGUUUCUCCACGUUGGCCAGGCUGGUCUCAAAUUCCUGACCUCGGGUGAUCUGUCCGCCUUGGCCUCCCAAAGUACUGGGAUUACAGGCAUGAGCCACCACACCCAGCCAUGCUCUAGUACAUCCUAAAGAAAGUCUUCAGUCUCUUUCCUGAGAUUAGUUACUCUGCUUAAAUUCACCAGAUUUAAGCUUUUUGAGAAUUCUAUCUCAGCAUUUUGGGCAUCAGGCCAUGUUAUAUAUAGGUCACAAACUCCUUAGCCUGUUAGUUGACAGGUUAAAAGCAAGGAAAAUAAUUGCAUGGACUCUUCUGGGAGAGAGAACAUAAUUAUGGAAAAGAGAAUACAGGUACCAUUUAAAGUAGGGAAGAUAAGUUGAUACUAAAUGUAGAAGGACUGGAAGUACUUUAGAAAAAGGAUAUUUGGAACUCAUAGCCACAAUUUUAAGAGGUCAGUAUGCUGUCGAAGUGUAGACAUUUGCCAUAAAUGGUAGAAAGUGAGAAUAGUGUACUAGACAAGCACUUUUUAACUUUAUGUUUUUAGAGCAAAAUGAGAUAGAAACAGGUAUGGUUACUGAUUAUAGAACUUGCUCAGAUAAAUGUUUUCCUACAGUGCUAAGAGCAUCGAUAGGAAAGUCAUUAGUGAUAGAAACCAGUAGGAAGUGGUGACUUAGAGCAAGUCCCCUCCUACUCUCUCUUCUUACGGUAUAUGGGCCUUAUAAUCUGCUGCUGUGCAAUUUGCCUGUUCCUGAAAGUAUAUAUUAAUCAGUGUUGCCGUGAAUAAAAGUACUUACUGUAGCUUUUUAAAAAACAGCAUGCUCCGAAUUAAGCAAGCUAUGGUAGAAUCAUAGUCGAGAAGUUUGUAUUGUGAGAAGAAAAUUCAUUAUUUGCUUGCUUAAAGAUUUUUUGUUCUUAGAGUCAUCAGGUUUAUCAAUGUUAGACCCAACAAGCUUUUUCCAACCAUAAGACCUGGGAAAUAAGGUUUAUAAAAGAAAGAAUUUUAAAACUGCUAUCUUAAAAAAUAAAGAGGUAGCAUGGUACUAGUUACUAUGCGGAGAAAUAAAAAUCAAGAUUUAGCAUCAAACUUCUGUUUGCAUCCUAAUUCUUUUGUGUACUAGCCACAUGACUGUGGAUGUUAGUCUUUCUAAACCCCAAUUUCAUUCAUUAUCUGUGAAAUAGUGGAGAAUGUUAUCUACUUUGUUUGAGAUCGUUAUAGUGAGAGUUAGAAAUAAUAUCAUUAAGGCCGGGCAUGGUGGCUCACACCUAUAAUCCCAGCACUUUGGGAGGCCAAGGCAGGUGGAUCAUGAGGUCAAGAGAUCGAGACCAUCCUGGUCAACAAGGUGAAACCCCAUCUCUACUAAAAAUACAAAAAUUAGCUGGGCAUGGUGGUGUGCGCCUGUAAUCUCAGCUACUCGGGAAGCUGAGGCAGGAAAAUUGCUUGAACCCAGGAGGCAGAGGUUGGGGUGAGCCGAGAUCGCGCCAUUGCACUCCAGCCUGGGUGACAAGAGCGAAACUCCGUCUCAAAAAAAUAAGAAAUAAUAUCAUUAGUAGGUAACUUAGUAAGUGGUAGCAGCUACUAUUAAUCAUAGAGACAAAAAACAACAGACUAGCUUAUUCCUAGUAUACAAGUUGUGCCUUGAAGACAGGCCUUUUGGAAGGAGGUAGAGUUGCAGGUUGUCGCAGUUCUAUACAAUGUUGAGUAAGUAAGGGUGUGCAUUGCAGUAUAUGCGCCAGUGUGUCUUGAUUUGGGGAGACCUGCAGUGACUGAGAGAGGAAGGAAAUAGGGAGGCAUAUUUCUAGACACAGAAAUAAUGCUGUUCUUUCCCUCCUACCUGGCUCCCUACAAUGUCCUCAUUUUACCUUGUUGCUUUCC